ACGUCAAAGUGGACUAUCAACAAUUGCAGCAAAACUGUGUUUUCUCACAACAAAUACUCGAAAAUAAUAUUAUUUACUCAUCAAGUGAUCAAAAAAUUAUGUCGAAUCGACAAAGUUACGAUGUAACAGUAAAAUAGUUACGGUUGUACGCGCGAAAGCCCAAAAUUUUCCAGUGGAAAAUCAUAAUAAAAGGACAAUGUUUUACCUAACCUCAAACGUUCUGAAAAGUCUUUGGCGUGGUCCAUCAUAUACCUAAAUAGCAAACAGUUGAAGUUAUAUUCCGAAAGUUACGAACUAUUUUAACAUUUACGAGAGAAAAUGUCCACACAUUUGGACUACUCGGCACAAAUGAACACCCUACGGAGUGUCGUCACCACAUUAGGUGAUCCAAACACAAAAGAUGACAUUAAAUUGAAAGCAGCACAGGAGUUGAGUGAACACUUCGAAGUUAUCACUCAAUGUCCAGGAUAUCAAACAUUCUUGGAACAUUCCAUGAAGAUUUUCAUCAAAAUAUUAAAGGAAGGCGAUCCGCAUUUCAUCACAGAGUCACACAUACAACAGGUGCGCAAACUAAUUUUAGAAAUGAUACACCGACUGCCUACAUCGGAAAUCCUUCGUCCAUAUGUCAAACACAUUCUAACGUUAAUGUUGACCCUGCUAAAAAUCGACAACGAGGAAAAUGUUCUCGUCUGUUUGAGAAUCAUUAUCGAAUUGCACAAACAGUAUCGGCCGGAAUUCAAUCCAGAGAUCCAGGAUUUUUUGUCAUUCGUCAAAGCGAUUUAUUCGGAUCUGCCGAAACAUUUGACAAAAAUAUUCGAACCGCGGGCACCCAUCCGGGUUAAGGAUUUGAGUGAGUUGAACAUCAGCGAUCUGCUAAAUGAAACAUACACAACGACACCAAUCCAAGCGGAUAAGAAAACGGCGGAUGGAGCAGUGGUUACGUACAAUCUGAUUCCCAAAGGUGUACUAUCGCUUAAAGUGCUCCAAGAACUUCCCAUUAUUGUCGUUCUGAUGUAUCAAAUCUACAAACAGUACGUUCAUCUAGAAGUCGCCGAAUUUGUCCCGUUGAUCAUGACCACAAUAACAUUGCAGCCGUUACCAGUGCAUCGCAAUUCACCGUCAUUCAACAAAGAAGUUUUUGUCGAUUUCAUGGGUGCACAGAUCAAAACUUUGUCCUUCCUAGCGUACAUCAUUCGAUUGUUUCAGGAUGUCAUUGUUAAUCAUGCAACAUCGAUGGUGAAAGGAAUGUUAAGUUUGUUGCAGUCAUGCCCGAAAGAAGUUGCCCAUUUAAGAAAAGAACUAUUGAUAGCAGCCCGUCAUAUCUUAGCUACCGAUUUGAGGAACAAAUUUGUCCCAUCGAUGGAUAAGCUAUUCGACGAGGAUUUGCUUCUUGGACGUGGAUACACAACACACGAAUCAUUGCGACCACUUGCUUACUCAACUCUUGCCGAUUUAGUACAUCAUGUGCGUCAGCACUUGAACAUGACUGUCUUAGCCAAGGCAGUUCAUUUGUUUUCGAAAAAUGUACACGACGAGUCCUUACCCACAAGCAUUCAGACAAUGUCAUGCAAGCUGCUGUUGAAUUUGGUCGAUUGCAUUCGACAACGAAGUGAUUCGGAAACAACCACAGCUCGAGACUUGCUGAUCAUUAUGUUGAAAGUGUUCACGAAGAAGUUCCACACGAUUGCCAAAUUACAGCUUCCACUUAUAAUGCAGAAAUGGAAAACCUUGAAGCCUGAAGCUCCAAGCACACCGACUGGUGGUGCACCAACUUCAAUAACAACGGUCGCCACAGUCAACACUGGCACAGAGAAUGCUCGAGAAAUGCUGGAUAUAGCCGCAUCCGAACAAGCGUCAAAGCUAAGUAGCAUCGGAUUUCCUCCACCGAACAAUCUAAAUGUGAGUGAUUAUCGCAGUUUGGUGAAGACACUCGUGUGUGGCGUGAAGACAAUAACGUGGGGAUGCGCUAGUUGCAAGUCACCGGCAAACGAGGCGAACUAUAAUGGCGCCCUGUCGAAAAUGUUCCAACCACCAGAGAUACUCAUAUUUAUCGAUCUGGUACAUUGGGCGCUCGAAGCAUUAGACAUUUAUACUAUAAACAUACCGGCUAACGGCCUUGCUGGACAAAUGGCCAAACCGUCAGGACAAUUGCCACGUUCGAAGGAAGAGAAAGAAGUGUUGGAGCAUUUCAGUGGAGUGUUCCUCCUGAUGAACAAUCAAAAUUUCCAAGAAAUCUUCGCCUCAACAAUCGAUUACAUGGUCGAGAGAAUCUACAAAAAUUCGGCUCUGCAAAUCAUUGCCAAUUCCUUCCUGGCCAAUCCAGCCACUUCACCGCUGUUCGCUACAGUUCUAGUUGAAUAUCUUCUAGAACGAAUGGAAGAAAUGGGCUCAAACAUCGAUCGUUCGAAUUUGUAUUUGAGACUGUUCAAGUUGGUGUUUGGAUCGGUGAGCUUGUUUCCAGCCGAAAAUGAACAAAUGCUCAGACCGCAUCUGCACAACAUUGUGAACCGGUCCAUGGAACUUGCGAUGACCGCAAAGGAGCCGUACAAUUACUUCUUGCUUCUUCGAGCUCUGUUUCGUUCGAUUGGAGGCGGAAGUCAUGACCUGCUGUAUCAAGAGUUCUUGCCUUUAUUGCCAAACCUGCUGGAAGGUUUAAAUCGACUUCAAAGUGGCUUCCACAAGCAACACAUGAAAGAUUUAUUCGUUGAACUGUGCCUCACAGUACCAGUACGUUUAUCGUCGCUCUUACCGUACCUGCCAAUGCUAAUGGAUCCACUAGUUUCGGCAUUAAAUGGAUCGCACACAUUGAUCAGUCAAGGUCUUCGUACACUUGAGCUUUGCGUAGACAAUCUGCAACCGGACUUUUUGUACGAUCACAUUCAACCGGUCCGUGCCGAUCUUAUGCAAGCUUUAUGGCGAACGUUGCGGAAUCAGGAUAGUGCUGCUCAAGUGGCGUUCAGAGUUCUGGGAAAGUUUGGUGGUGGUAACAGAAAAAUGAUGAUCGAACCACAGCAUCUUGAGUAUAACGAGAAAGAUACCCCUGCAUCGGCGAUCGUAGCCUACUUCCAGGACCAUCAGAGACCAAUCGAUUUUCCGAUUGAUCAAGUAAUCGAAACUGCAUUCAACGCACUAAAAUCGAGUACAACCGAUCCGUUCUACUGGCGACAGAGUUGGGAUGUCAUUCGUUGUUACUUAGCCUCAUCGAUAUGUGUGGAUGAUCAAAAGCACACGUUACAAAAGCUUUUCAUGCAUCCGACCUUCUUGGAUGGACCAAUCCAUAUCAUUCCCGGCAGGCAAUACAAAUGUCAAGAUUCGCAAGCUCGCAAAACACAUCAGACUGCACUGACUGCAAUGUUUGUGGCAGCAGCAACCAAGGAUGUACGACAAUCGGUCCUUCCAACAAUGGUUGCCGUCGUGCGCCAUUACACUAUGGUUGCGAUAGCACAACAAGCUGGUCCAUUCCACUUAAAAUACCGAAUGACAACAGGGCUAGAUCCUCUAGUUCUGAUUGAUGCUCUGGCCACAAUUAUGGGGCAUGAAGAGAAAGAGUUGUGUAAACCCGGCCAUCUGGCAAUGGUGUUGAUCUUGCAAACUGCCACUCACAUUAUGGGUACCAAAGAACGCGCAUGUCGUCUACCAAUGAUGCAAUAUUUGGCUGAACGAAUGUCAGGUCUAUGUUACGAACGGCCAUGGUAUGCUAAAAUGGGCGGCUGUACGGCGUUGAAAUUUCUGUACCAACACAUGGCUAUGCGAUGGUUGUAUCAGCAUUUGUUCGAGUUUUUGAAAGCAUUCAUGUUUGUCAUCAUGGAUCUGGCUGGGGAGGUAUCCAGCGGAGCAAUUGAUAUGGCCAAAACAUAUUUGGAGAAAAUGUUACGGACGUGUAUGGUGCCACUUGACAAAGACUGUAAAAAUGAGGAAUUGAUUACUACCCAAAGCAAAGCUAUGUCCGACGUGGUGCGUGAACUAGUGCGUCAAGUAACCAGUUCGAAUACACUGGUUCGUGAACAGGCAAUGUCUUCGUUGAAAUUAAUCGCAGAGCUACAGAACAAGACCGUCACUGAUGUUAUGGAUCCACAUCGUGAAGUGUUGGCCGACAUUAUUCCGCCGAAAAAACAUGUUUUGUGUCAACAACCGGCCAGUGCCCAAAUCGGUUUGAUGGACGGAAAUACAUUUUGUACCACAUUGAAUCCAAGACUGUUCACAAUUGAUCUGAGCAAUCAGUACCACAACUACUUUUUCAAAGAAGUUUCGAAUUUGUGUGAAGCAGAAGAUCAAUAUCUCAACAAAUUGGACUGUUAUAAGAACGUAACCAACUUGGUUCCACUGCGAACUAGUGCAUUGCGAGCGUUAGCUGCUUGUCACUACAUAACUGACGUUGAUCCGGAUGGUUCGACAAGGCGUGACAAGAUUUUGGCAAUUUUACUCAGAGCACUGGAGAAAAACAACACGGAGAUUCAGGAAACGGCUUUCGAAUGCCUGAAAAAAUUCAUUGUGGGAUAUCAAGUGGACAAAGAAACCAUUCACAAUGCAAUGAGACCGUUACUGUUAACAUUGGGCGACUACAGAAAUCUUACAUUGAAUGGAACAAAACGGUUGUCGUACCUGACACAACUAUUUCCGUCCAUGUUCAACGAAAAGCUAUGCGAACAACUGCUACAGCACAUUAAGAAAAUGCUGGAGAAUUCAAUUGCAGCCAACAAAGGACAAAAUUUCUUAACACUAGCGAAGACUGGCGACACCGAACAGAAAAUCACAACAAUUAUGGGAAUUUUCCAUCAGAUUCCAGCCGCUUCAGCAAAGUUUAUCGAAAGCUUGUGUCGAAUGAUCCUGCAAAUGGAAAAGAGUUUGAUGAUCGAACCAUCGUGCCCAUUCCGGGAACCGCUAGUCAAAUUUUUAUUGCGUUAUCCUAAAGAGACACUGGAACUGUUUCUCAACGACAAUAAUAUCAAAGACCAGCAAUUGAACCGAUUCAUGAUUUAUUUGCUCAAACACAAAGACGGCGGACCAUUCCGAGCCAUUAUGCAAACCAAAUCAGCUCGACUGAUUCAACUGAUUUAUUGCAAUCCGGCCGACGGUGUGGCUACACUCCAGAGUCAACAAGUGAUACUUGUGUCACUUGAAGAUCGCUACGAGGCUCAACACCAAGCUAUGUUGAUCAUACAAACGUUGAUUGAAUUUGAUGACCAGUGGCUGGCUUCGGAAAAUGAAAUCAUCAAUGCGUUGAAACAAAUUUGGGAAACGGAUCUAUACAAAUCGUGCGAAGCGAAUGUGUCGUGUGAUCUGUGGCAUUUGGUGGCCAAGAUUUUGUUGCACUAUUUCUCGCAUCACACCAACGACAUCAAUUUGUUGUUCCUCUUGUUGAAAGCAUUGUGCAUGAGAUUCAUUCCCGAUUUCCAGUUCCUUCGAGAUUUUCUCCAGAACACAGUCGCACAAAGCUACACCUGCGAAUGGAAACGCAAAGCAUUUUUCCAGUUCGUCGAUGAUUUUAACAACGCCAACAUGUCACAAGAAUUGAAAGCAAAGAUCCUAACAUCGGUUUUGAUUCCAUCGUUUGCCGUUAGUUUUGAGAAAGGCGAAGGAAACAAACUGGUCGGUGCACCACCAGCCCCAUAUCUCGAAGAUGACAACAACGUGGUGUCGGUUUUCAUCGGAAAAGUUAUCGACCCGGAGAAACCAUUCGCUAACGCCGAUGCUGUGCGUAUCGCACUUUUGCAAUUUGCUUGUUUGCUGGUCGAAAGAGCUGCUCCACAUAUUCAUGACGGCGAUGCGAAUAACAAACGACAAGGGAACAAAUUGCGUCGUUUAAUGACAUUCGCAUGGCCUUGUCUUCUUCUAAAAAAUUGCGUUGAUCCGGCUGCUCGAUAUCAUGGACAUCUACUUCUCAGUCACAUCAUAGCACGGUUGGCCAUCCACAAGAGAAUUGUGAUUCAGGUUUUCUAUUCCUUAUUGAAGGGUCAUGCCAUCGAGGCUCGGUCAGUUGUACGUCAAGCGCUUGAAGUGCUAACGCCAGCAUUGCCGUUACGCAUGGAAGACGGCAAUACCAUGUUGGUACAUUGGACCAAAAAAAUCAUUGUUGAAGAAGGACAUUCGAUGCAACAACUCUUCCACAUCUUGCAGCUAGUUGUUCGCCAUUACAAAGUAUAUUACCCGGUGCGACAUCAUCUGGUUCAACACAUGAUUAAUUCGAUACAAAGGCUUGGUUUCUCAGCCACAGCAACAAUGGACUAUCGCAAACUGGCUGUUGAAUUGGCUGAAGUAAUUAUCAAAUGGGAAUUGCAACGAAUCAAAGAAGAGACUGAUCCGAUCGAUGAAAGCGAGUCAAAUAUUGAAAUGAAAUUCACUCCAAGUGGUGCGGUUGCCAGGACCGCUCCAGAUGACAAUGAGAAUCGGAAAAAAUUAGCUACUGAUGGGAAUGAGCCAACAGCUGGACCAUCGUCGGCUGUAGCGAAAGUUGAAGGAGCCGGAAAACCCAUCGAAAAAGUGCAUUGUGAUACUGUGUUAAAUUUCCUAAUGCGGCUUGCCUGUCAGGUUAAUGAAGCAACAACGGCAGUAGGUACAAUUUCACCCGGAGAAAGCUUGUCUCGCCGAUGUGUUACGCUCAUCAAAAUGGCAAUGAAACCGGAAGUGUGGCCUCAGGCCUGUGACUUAAAAUUAAGCUGGAUGGACAAACUGUUUGCCAGUGUGCAUAGUCAACAACAAAAUUUCGGAAAUAUUUGCACGGCACUGGAGCUGUUGACAUUCCUAUUGGGUGUUAUGAAGAAAGAUCAAAUUCUGGCGACAUUCAAACCAAUGAAAACUGGACUGUCAGCCUGUGUAACCUGCACCAAUACUCGCGUUACUAAAUUGAUGCAUGGUCUGUUAUCACGGUUAAUGGCGAUUUUCCCCACCGAUUCACAUCAUAAGCAGGAAGAACUGGAAACAUUGUACGCCACCGUAUCGAAAAUGAUUUUUGAAGGACUGGCCGCCUAUGAUAAAGAUCCUCAAGCGAAUCCAUCAUCACUGUUCGGCACACUGAUGAUUCUGAAAGCUGCUUGCAUGAACAAUCCCAGCUACAUCGAUCGAAUUAUAAUGCCAUUCAUGCGACUCUUGCAUCGUUUGACCAAUAAGGAACAUUUGCAAAGCAGCAGUGCUGCAGCCACGACGCCACAGGCUGAUGGUACAAAUACGAGUACAGUAGCGAUUGAAUUGUUACUGCUGUCAUUAGAAUUGGUUAAGAAUCGUGUUGUUGUUAUGGGUGUGGAGAUGCGAAAAUUGUUCAUCGGAAACAUUCUGGUUGGUCUGAUCGAGAAAAGUCCGGAUGUGAAAGUGAUGAAGGCGAUUGUGAAAAUAAUUGAGGAUUGGAUGAAGAACAAAAACAAUCCAGUUACGGUUAACCAGGCACCAACGCUCCGUGAAAAGUCCAUACUUUUAGUGAAAUUGAUGCAGUAUGUUGAGAAGCGAUUCCCCGAAGACCUUGAGCUGAAUGCCCAGUUUCUGGAAUUGAUCAACUACAUUUAUCGUGAUGAACAGCUGAAACAGUCGGAACUGACAUCAAAACUAGAAGCAGCAUUUUUGGCUGGAUUACGCUGCAAUCAGCCACACAUCAGAGCAAAAUUCUUCGAAAUAUUCGAUGGUUCAAUGAGACGACGACUUCACGAUCGGUUCUUGUAUGUCAUCUGUUCACAAGCAUGGGAUUCAAUCGGUCAACACUAUUGGAUAAAGCAAUGCAUUGAACUGCUGAUUCUUACAGCCAACACAACUACACCCAUCCAAAAUUCCCACGAUAAUCAUCUUCUGCCGAGCAUAUCGUCGGUUAUCAAUUUUGCCGACUCGGAAGAAAAAAACAAUUUUGUAAUUUACACGUCCAAGAUGCAGAAUGACUCAACCGACUCGUUGGACUCCAUUGAAGAUAAAGAGGACGCAUUCGAUAUGGACAUGAGUGUGGACUCGAAUAUUUCACGACGUGAAGAAAGUGAGAGACCGGUCAGCAAUCGUCCAGCUACACUAACAAAAUUGAUAGCUCGCCAGGCCGAGUUUUUGGAAUCAAAUCGAAAAAUUCGUACCGAACAAUUGCUGAUAGCAACAUCCCAGCUGUGCCACAUGGACACUCAACUGGCCGAAAAAGUUUGGUUAGAUAUUUUCCCCCGCCUGUGGUCGAUCUUAGACGAGGGACAACAGCAAUCACUCAUUCGUGAAAUAAUUCCGUUCCUGGCAUCUGGUACGCAUGUCAUUCAGAAGGACUGUCAUCCGAGCGCGUUAAAUACAUUCGUGGAAGCAUUGUCGCAUUGCCAGCCUCCAGUCUACUUGCCACCGAAUUUGAUGACAUAUUUAGGCAAGGCACAUAAUCUGUGGCACCGAAUGACCUUGAUGUUGGAGAAUAUGGCUUUGGAAUGGCCACAAAAAAAGGAUUCUCAGAGCGAGUACAGCGAUCCGGAUGUUGGUGACUACUCUCCAAAUGAUGCCGAUCAAUCGUCCGUGUUUGAUCCAUUAUCCACAAUGUAUUCGGCUCUACAUGAAGAGGACUUGUGGGCUGGAUUGUGGCUAAAGUAUGCGAAAUAUCCCGAAACCAACAAUGCCAUUGCGUAUGAACAAAUGGGAUUUUUCGAAGAAGCACAAGGUGCUUAUGAUUUGGUCAUGACGAAAUUCAAACAGGAAACUGCAAAUGGACCGGCACCACUUGAAUUGAACAGUGAGUUAUUGCUGUGGGAGAAGCACUGGAUUCGUUGCGCUACCGAACUGAACCAAUGGGAUAUUCUGUUGGAUUAUGCACAAUCGAGCAAAGAGAAAAAUUCAUUUUUGAUCAUGGAAAGUGCGUGGAGAGUUCCCGAUUGGGCUCUGAUGAAACAGGCUUUAUUGAAGGUGGAACAAGCGUGUCCCAAACAGGAAGGGUAUAAAGUCAACUUGUACCGUGGAUUCUUAGCUAUUUUGAACAAGGAUGACCCUCAUUUGUCAGCUGUUGAACGAUAUGUGGAAGUAGCAUCAGUUCUAUGUAUGAGAGAAUGGAGACGACUGCCGCCAAUUGUGUCACAUAUCCAUUUACCGAUCUUACAAGCAGCUCAACAAAUCAUGGAACUGCAAGAGGCAUGUCAGAUACACCAGGGACUCACUCAGAGCCGAACGUCAAUUCACGAUAUGAAAGCAAUAGUCAAAACUUGGCGUAACCGCUUACCAGUUGUGGCUGACGAUCUGUCACAUUGGGGUGAUAUAUUUACCUGGCGACAACAUCACUAUCAAAUCAUCACGUCGUAUCUGGAGGAACAGAAGACCGAAGUCCUAAAGACCAAUUUAAUGAUGGGUGCUCAUGCGUCGGCUCAAGCAAUUAUCCAUUUCGGGAAAAUGGCCAGAAAGCAUAAUCUGACCGGCGUUUGUCAGGAUUCACUGUCACGCAUUUACACGAUACCAUCCGUUCCGAUCAUCGACUGCUUCCAAAAAAUACGACAGCAAAUUAAAUGUUUCCUCCAAAAGGCGUCCACAAGCAGCGGACGAGUGGAAUUGGCACAGGCUCUCGAAGUGAUUGAGUCAACAAAUCUGAGCUUCUUUGAGAACCCAAUGAUUGGUGAAUUUUUCGGAAUGAAGGGCUUACUAUUCGCGCAGAGUGGUAAUUCGGAAGAAGCCAACAAGGCAUUUAGUGCAGCCGUACAAGUGAACGAUGCAAAUGCUAGAGGAUGGGCUUUAUGGGGUGACUAUUUAGAGCACAUUUUCACGCGGGAAUCUCGACAGAUGAAUAUAGGCGUAAACGCAGUUAUAGCUUUCCUACAUGCGUGUCGCCAGCAAAGCGAAAGCAAAUCUAGAAAGCAUUUGGCCAAAGUGUUGUGGCUGCUGUGCUACGAUGAUGACAAGUCUUCGUUGAUGGAGGCGCUUGAUAAAUACGCGAAUUGCGUUCCACCACUUCAUUGGCUACCGUGGAUUCCUCAGCUAUUAUGCUGUUUGGUCCAAUAUGAGUCCAGAGUGAUAUUGAACCUAUUGAGUCAGGUCGGAAGAAUGUUCCCUCAGGCCGUGUAUUUCCCGAUUCGAACGCUGUAUUUGACUCUGAAAAUUGAGCAAAGAGAAAAACACAAAAGUGCCGAGCAAGCGUCACUUGCCAGUAAACUGCAAUCAGCCGCUAAUCAGGGUUCGGGUGAAAAUACAAUUGUCAACGUACAGCCACCACCCAGUCCAAUCGUCAUUUCGACAACACCUGCCACACGGACUCCAUCUGGUCAACCUCAAGCAUCGUCAAUAGCAUCAGCUGGACCAAUUAAAGCAACACAAGCAAUGUGGAGAUGCUCGAAGGUGAUGCACGUUCAACGGGAAAUUCAUCCAACCAUUUUGAAUUCAUUGGAAGGCAUCGUCGAUCAAAUGGUGUGGUUCCGUGAAAAUUGGCGAGAAGAAGUUCUUCGUCAAUUGCGACAAGGACUGAUCAAAUGCUAUGCCAUUGCUUUUGAAAAUCGGAGUUCAGUCAAUGAUGCCACGAUCACUCCACACACAUUGAAUUUCGUGCGCAAAUUGGUGUCAACGUUCGGCAUUGGCGUGGAAAAUAUUUCACCAGCUGCACCGGCUACAUAUGGAUCGGCAGCAUCAGAGUCGUUAGCUAAACAAGCUCAAGCGACGGUGUCCGAUCCAGCAUUCCAGAAAAUGAAAGGACAAUUCACUAGUGACUUUGAUUUCUCCCAGCCCAAUGCAAUGAAGUUGCACAAUCUGAUUGGUGAAUUGACCAAAUGGAUCAUAAUACUCGAAUCGAACACGAAGCAAAUGUCGAAAUCAUUUUUGAUCGAAGAGAAAUGCCGAUUCUUAUCGAAUUUCAGCCAAAAGACGGCAGAAGUUGAACUGCCCGGCGAAUUACUGUUACCACGACCGUCUCACUAUCAUAUUCGUAUCGCUCGAUUUAUGCCACGCGUAACAAUCGUCCAGAAACACAACACAGCCGCAAGACGGCUGUAUAUUCGUGGAACGAAUGGCAAGAUCUAUCCGUAUUUGGUGGUCAACGAUUCUGGAUUGGGCGAUGCUCGGCGUGAAGAGCGUGUCCUUCAACUGUUGCGAAUGUUAAAUCAUUAUUUGGCGAAACAGAAGGAAACUUCAAGACGCUUUUUGCACAUAACUGUACCGAGAGUUGUGGCCGUAUCGCCACAGAUGAGAUUAGUCGAGGACAAUCCAUCCAGUAUUUCCUUGCUGGACAUUUUCAAGAAUGGCUGCGGCAAACUGAGUAUUGAUCAUCAUGAUUUACCGAUUAAAAGGUAUUACGAACGCCUAGCAGAUGUCCAGGCUAGGGGUUCACAAACCACGCACAAUGUUCUACGGGACAUACUGCGAGAAAUUCAGUCGUCGAUGGUUCCGAAAACUCUGCUGAAAGACUGGGCAACUCGUAACUUCAGAUCAGCCACCGAUUACUGGCAAUUCCGUAAAAUGUUUACAUUGCAACUUUCACUAGCAUGUUUGUGCGAACAUGCUCUUCACCUAACAAGACUGAAUGCCGACAUGAUGUACCUACAUCAAGAUUCCGGUUUGGUCAAUAUUUCGUAUUUUAAAUUUGACGUCGAUGAUGCAACCGGUGAAUUAGACGCUAAUCGUCCGGUACCGUUCAGGCUUACACCGAAUAUCGUUGAGUUUCUAUCGACAAUUGGUAUCACAGGACCAUUGACAGCAUCUGCAAUAGCUACCGCUAGAUGCUUGGUUCAGCCUAACUUUAGGCUGUCUACCAUAUUACGCGCCAUACUGCGCGAUGAAAUAUUUUCCAUUCACAAGAAACGACUCAAAGAUGAGAAACCAAUAUUGGAUGCGAACGGUGAAAUUGCCCAAGAACCGGAAGUGGAUAUGGAGAAAAUCAUUUCGCUGGUCAACAAAGCCGUUGAUGCUAUUAUGCAGAGACUGAACAGCAUUUCCUACUUCGAUAAUGUCGAAUCGAACAAGAUGAGUACACUGGUACAGGCAGCUCACAAUCCGGACAAUUUGUGCCGCAUGGAUCCGGCCUGGCAUCCAUGGGUGUAAAUCGAAUGAAGGACUUUACUCAGUCGAUAUGCUUACCGUUUGCUGUGUUUAUUGUGAGUUAUCGAACGGGACUGAGUAAUUGAAGGUCUAAUAGCAUUGAAACGUAAUUUUAAUCGUACACAUGUCGUAACCUAAUUUUAGAUGAAAAAUAAACAUUUCACUUAUGGAGCAA